AUGAACCCAAUUCAGCCACCACGAUACGCAAACAAUGUUCAAAGUACGCUUGAUAUUUUAUCCUUUGAUAAUAAUGCGCAAAUCGAUGAUGGAGUUUUGUCUUAUGAAACUCAAUUAUUGUAUCAACAAGAUGGCAUUAGCAUUAACAAUCAAACCAUAGUUCCACUUUAUUCUUUACGACCUCUCGCUUCUUCAUAUAACGAUCAUCAAGCUCGCGAAAAUAUGAUAAGCCCUUACGCAAAUACGUUUACCUUUUUUACUCAACAAAAUAAUUCAAGUAGUUUUCCUCGUGUUGUGGAUUUAGUUCAAG